UCCCGUGUAUACGCACGACGCACGCUCUCUCUCUCUUCUCUCCUUCGCCCCAUCCCCCCGCGUCGUCUCUCUCUACGCGGACCCCGAGCGCCGGGGGUUUACGUCGCCGGGACGGCAGAUGUCAGGAUGCCGGAGCAGAGCAACGACUAUCGCGUGGUCGUGUUCGGGGCGGGCGGCGUCGGCAAGAGUUCCCUCGUGCUGCGCUUCGUGAAGGGAUCCUUCCGCGAGUCCUACAUACCGACCAUCGAGGACACCUACAGACAGGUGAUAAGUUGCGACAAAAACAUAUGCACACUUCAAAUUACGGACACAACGGGGUCCCAUCAGUUUCCCGCGAUGCAGCGGCUCUCCAUAAGCAAAGGUCACGCCUUCAUCUUGGUGUACUCGGUGUGCUCACGGCAAAGCCUCGAGGAGUUGCGGCCGAUCUGGGCCGUGAUACGGGAGCUCAAGGGUCAAGAUAUCUCGCAGAUACCCAUUAUGUUGGUAAGGACUCGCCGCAACACCUCCAUUUGUUUCAGCUUUCAGUUUCUCAGUUAUCCCGAUGCCGCAAAGCCGAUAAACCGAACGAGCGCUUUCGAGCUCGUUUAUAAAUACACUGUCCAGCUUAUCUUGCAUCCUUUCGCGGCCUGAAUAAUCGUAAAAAACGUUUCUAAACGCGAUAUUAUUUCGCGCGUGUCUCGUGAGCUCGACGAAAGCCGCCUGUCACGCACGAAGGCUCGAACGAUGCCAAAUAUUUAAUCAUCACGAUGCUCUUGCACUUUCACUUCUGUUGUUCAAUCAUUUAAUAUCGAA